CCCCCCCUGUGUGUGUGUGUGUGUGUGUGUGUGUGUGUGUGUGUCUGCCUCCUCCCAGGUUGCUGUCUCCGACUCCCACGCAGCGCUGAAGGCAUUCCCUCUCCGGCCGUCCACCGAGCUCCUGCCUGCCUUCCUGCCUCCGCGUCUCCAACCAUGUGCCUCCGGCUGUAGCAGCAUGUGGAGGACGGCUCUGGUCCUGUACUGGCUCUGGGCGCUCGCCCUGCCGCUCCGGGCUCGGACCGACACCGCGGCCGCCGUCGUCUCGGCUCAGGACUGCAGCCUGGAAUGUAUCCGACAGGGAGGAGCGGCGUGUGAAUACUGCAGAAUAACUAAAGAUGACAUCAAGAAAGUUGUGGGUUUUAAUGCCAUCGGUGCAUUUGGAAGUUGUGUUCCAUGGCCAUGUUUUGCACUGUUGGGGGGUGAAGACCCAGAAAUCUGUCAGCACUACGUCCAAGCACCCAGUGACGUGAAUGUUGAUCUUGUCGACGAGCCAAAUCCCAAAUACGAUACCAUUGUUGUCUCCUGGAGGCCCAGUUACUAUGGGAUCUCCUUUCUGCGAGGCUUCCAGGUGUCGCUCCAGGCUUUGGGAGGGUCCGGUACCGCCUGCCAGCUGUUCUUCUUCCACCGCAACGUCUCGCUCUCAGCUUCACAGGCUCAAACGGUGUACAUGUCAGACCCGUUCCCCGGUCUCUCCCUGGGCUCCCAAUAUGCUGUAACCGUCAUAGCUCUGCCAGUGCCUGAGGAGUGGGAGAAGUUCUACAGAAGCAAAAUUUUCUCUACGCGCUCCUGCGCGGAGAAGAACGGCCUUGAGCAUUGCAAACAAGACUGGUACCCGGAACAUGUUGAGGUCCAGCAGGACGGCUCCGCCAUCGAAGUGACCUUUAACCUGGCUCCCCCAAACCUGGGUAUCAAAAGCUACUUUUCUCUGUGUUAUGCAAAUGGCAAGAAGAGAUACACAGACAUCACACCAAAUUCCUCCGAGAACAAAACUCAUCACACGUAUCAGCUGUAUGGCCUUCAAGAAGAAACCAACUACACCUGUGAGAUAGCCGCAAACGAAGUGGAUGCGGUGAGGAAAACAUUCAGCGUUCAAGUCAAAGGUGCCCAGAAAGAAAAUGCAUCUGUCACUACAUCCCUGGCUUUGGUGCUUCCCCUGUGUCUGUCUGCGCUGGUCGUACUGGGAGUCGCACUGGCUGUUCUCACCUGCAGGAGGCCCAAGCUGCCGCGGGACGAUUAUGAAAUAAAAACAGAUAUUAUUUGGCACCGUGAUGAGAGUCAGAGUCAGGAGGAGGCGGUAUCGUUGCCUGGACGCAGGCUGACGCCUCCUCGCCUCCUGAUUUGCUACAGCAGCCACGACGGCCCCCAUCACGUUAAAGCAGUCUUGCAGUUUGCAGCCUUCGUGCAGCAGCACAUGGCCACUCAGGUGCUCCUGGAUCUGUGGGACUCCCUGGGUGUAGCCGAGGAAGGCAGCAUGGCCUGGUACUGUCGGCAGAUCCGGGAGAGCGACUUUGUCCUGGUGAUAUCUUCUCCGGGGCUACAGCAAAGGCCUGAGGCUCAAGAAGCAGAGAGCAACAACGAAGAAGAAGAACCAGCCUUCUGCUCGAAUGCCUACAGCUCUCAAGUGGCCGUCCAGGUUAUCGGGGAGGAGGUCGGCCGGGCCAAAGCCCAGGGCCGGGAUCUGUCCAAGUACAUGGCAGCCAUUUUUGAGUACUCUGACGAAACGGACAUUCCCACCGAACUGAGGCUGGUGUCUCGCUACACGCUGACCAGGGACCUGGCGCUGUUCUUCUCUCACCUGCACGGAGUGGCCUUGCACAGGCCGGGGGGUUACCUGAAGAUAGAGCGCAUCUCUGAUCAAGACUUUGCUGCAUCGCCGGCCGGAUCUGCUCUGCAGCGGGCGAUACGCGACGCUGGGGUGACCACUAGGGCCAAAAUGCAACGCGCCAUAAAGGAAGUGGACUGAAAUGAGAAGCAGGGGAUGUG